AUGUUAAUACAGCGUGUGUUGUUGGUGGUCACAGCGCUUUGCUGGUCAUUCCAUGCGGCAAACGGAGAUACAAAACCCGAAAAACUCACAAGCUUUCGUCCCAUCUCACAGGCUGAGUAUGAGGCCAUACUUAGUCUAACCGAUGGUGAGACGGUUGUAUCAGAGGGUCGUCUCAUAAAUGGCGGUCUCGCCGCGUUGGCCGGUUUGACAACGGGUUGGGUUACGAGUUUGCGUUUCCCCAACAUCUUCGGUUCCUUUAUACCGGCGCAGAAAACACCCAACGCCAGUUAUCCACUUUGUGUCAUUAGAACUGAAGAAAAUCCAGAGAGCCAGCAUCAUCACGAGUAUCAUGGCUACCAUGAGCAUCACAACCGACAAGGCCGCUCAGACGAUAAUGAGAGUAAUGAAAGUUCGGAGGAAGACUACCAUCAUUAUGUUCAACAACAACUACACCACCAUGAAGAUCACUCGCAUGAAGACCAUAGCGGGGAACACAUUAGCAGCAUUGAAAUGCCGUGGAAUACGAACAAGUUGGCUCCAGUUGUAAAUUGCAUUGUUGUGCUGAGAGAAGAUGAGAAGCAUGGUGAUGAUUAUCAUGAUACUACAACCAAGCGACCGAAACGUAAGCGCAGGAAACAUAGACCACACCCGGCAUUACUGCCAGUGGCCGCGCCAACUCAAUAUGCACAUCAACAUCAAGCACCACCACCACCAUCACCAUCUGUUAGGUAUCCAUACUCGGCAGCGCAGAGUCCAUACUCGCCUUACGGUAGUUAUAACAAUCCCUGGUAUUGGCAAACACCUUACUACAAUCCGUAUUCCAGUGAGCCGACAACUUUUACCGCUAUUUAUCCGCCUGCCUAUCCAGAUAUUUACGCAGCAAAUAAUCCAGGCCCUAAUACUCGCAGUUACCCAGGCGCCUAUUCUGGCUCUUUUGCCCCCUCUCCCGCAAGCGAUACUCCUGGUCCUUAUUACAACGCCCCUCCAGGCGCCUAUUCAGAUCCUCCCCCAAGCGCUUACCCAAGCGAUUCUUACAACCCUCAGCCAAGCAGCUAUACAAGCCAUUAUUCCAUUCAGGGUGGCGCCAUAAAUCGCAAGAGUCCUUCACAAAGCUCUGAACCCAGCUACAACUAUGGUCCACCACCCAACGGAGGCAGUUUUGCGGCAGUAGACCAAGAACGUUACACAAAAUAUCACGAUGAACGUAUUAGAAAGAAUCACAAGAUUUCAACAAAAGCGAAAAAGUCAGCCUCAGCUUCAAAGAUGCCAACAACGAACAAAAAACAGAAACCGAAGCGAACUGACAAACCACGACCAUCAAAUGAUCACGUAAACUCCGAAUCCGCGCCAACCAAUGUACCAAUUAGAGGAAGGCAUUCGAAAGUGAAGCGCGACGAGAGCGGCAUACAAACUCGUUCGUAUGCGAAGAUCGCAAGUUACUCGGAAAGCGGAUACCAGCCCACGCUGUACCCACAAUAUACCUAUCAGUCCAGCUAUCCGAAGGUGUCAUACAACCACGCUCUGCCCUACCCAGCUCCCGUUUAUGUGAGAAAUAGUAUUGAGCAGCCGUCUGCAGCGCCGAACCCAAAGCAAUACCGAGCGCAUGCGACUGGCGCGGAGAACGAGGGCUAUAUGUCGGAGCACAUGCAAGCGAGAAAGCAAGUCGAGGGUUAUAUGACUUAA